GGAUACAAAUACAGUGCCAAUACCCUCUCUACCCCUCCGUCUCCAUUUCUCAUUGACCUUUUCCCUUUCCCUACCGUUGUCCUGUGUGCUUCUUCCACCCUAUCAUUCUCUCUCUGCUUUGCUUCUGAUCUCUGAGCUAUGACACCUCCGGCGCCGUCUCUUUUCAUCCUCCUCCUCCUCCUCCUCUUCCCCGUCAUUAUCACCUCCGCAACUCUACCUCCCUCUCCCACUCCGUCUCCCACUUCCUCUCCUUCUCAUUCAUCUCCUUCCUCUUCUCCUUCUUCUCCUUCUCCUUCUUCUUCCUCUUCCUCUCUCGACCCUAAGCAGCUCAGAGCACUCCAAUCCCUCAACAUCCCUACCUCCAAGGACCCUUGCUCCCACAAUGCCACUCUCUGCGACUCCUCCAAACCCUUCCGCCACAUCAUCUCUCUCCGUCUCUCUAACUGCUCCUCCUACGUUGCUCUGUCCUACACCGCCCUCAAAUCCCUCUCCACUCUUCAGUCUCUUCAGCUCCUCAACUGCCCCGUCACUCCCAUUCGUUUCCCUCCUGAACUUAUCGCCUCUCUUCGCUCCUUCACAUGCGUCAAGAGCCUCCACAAGGUCUCUGGCGUCUGGCUCUCUCGCCUUGAGAACCUCACCGAUCUCACCGUCUCCGAUGUCCAGGUCAAGACUUCCGGUCCUUAUGUUAUACUUGGACGCAUGAACAAGCUCAGGUCUCUCACCGUUUCCCGCGCCAAUCUCACUGGUAACCUCCCCAAGUACAUCCAUUCAAAUCUUACACAUAUCGAUUUCUCUGGUAAUCAGCUCAAAGGAAGCAUACCCGCUUCCAUUACCAUGUUGGACGGUCUGGAAUUCUUGAAUCUCUCGUCCAAUGCGCUCCAUGGUGAGAUACCUGCUUCUAUGGGAAACUUGAUUUCCCUUAAAAACCUUUCCCUGGCUUCAAAUUCGUUCUCAGGGCCUAUCCCGGGCUCAAUAUCGGCUAUACCAGGUUUGGUUCACAUGGAUCUGAGUUCAAACCAGCUCAAUGGGACGAUUCCCAGUUUCAUUUCACAUAUGAGGAACCUCAAGUAUUUGAAUCUGGCUAACAAUAACCUUCGCGGGGUCAUGCCUUUCAACUCGAGUUUUAUCAAGAAAUUGACGGUGCUCAAGCUUAGUGGCAACAGCAAUCUGUGCUAUAAUCAUACGGUCCUGUCUUCGAAGACGAAGCUUGGCAUUGCUCCUUGUGAUAAAUAUGGAAUGCCCAUGUCUCCUCCACCAGCAAAGGAGUCCUCUGCGGAUGAUAGCAGUGAUUACAGUGACAGUGACGAGGAUGAUAAUAGCCGCAAGAAAGAGCAUCACCAUGGCCCAAACAAGGUCGUUCUUGGUGUGGCGAUUGCUCUUUCUUCCAUUGUCUUUCUGAUUAUUUUCUUAAUCCUCUGCUCAAAAUGUUGUCGGUGAAGAAAUUUAGGGUUCCUCGCUUUAUAGUUUAGAUUAGGACAAUCGAUAAUUUAUGUGGAUCAUUAUUUGAUAUUUUUAUUAUACGCUGGAGGGUGUGUCCUGAGAAGAGAAUUUGAAAGGGAAGAUGAGAGGUGAUUGUCAAAGCAAAGAAGGGAAAAAAAAGACAUUGAUCAAUUCUUUUGGGUGGGUGUAAGAGUAGUGUUCAAUAAAAGAUGAAGAUAAAAAAUGUGAGUAACCAUUAAGUUAGCUUUCUAUUUUUAGCUGCUUAGAUCAAUUGCUUGUGCAUUGCAUGAAGUUUACUUUGAAUUCCACGCCCUGUCACUGUAUCAUUUUCUGUUUUGGUCAAAAGGGAGAGGUAUUGCGUGUAAUAUCUUGAAAGAUAAAUUUUACUUGUGCUAUAUGAGCUUUGAUUUUUCACUCA